CGAGUGGGGGUAUUUGGUCGGCUCGUCGUCAUGAGAUGAGCUUUAUAAAGGAAGAGAAACCCCAAUUGACUUGUUCUUAAUUGCCUUACUCUCUCUUUCUCGUCAUCUCAAUACUCAUACUACCCUUGUAUCGUUCAUCAUCAUCAUGUCUGUUCCCGACAAGUUCCAGGGCUUUCAGUCCCCCAGCGCCGAGCACUGGACCGACUUCCAGAAGAACUCGUUUGAGCCCCGUCCCUUUGGCGAGUACGAUGUCGACAUCAAGAUCGAGUGCUGUGGUGUCUGCGCCAGUGAUCGUCACACCAUCAGCGGCGACUGGGGCGGUUGCCCUUAUCCUCUCGCUGUAGGCCACGAGGUUGUUGGCAAGGUUCUUCGUGUUGGUGAUAAGGUCACUCUCGCAAAGGUCGGCGACCGUGUCGGUGCUGGUGCCCAGGUUUGGUCGUGUCUUGAGUGCCGUCAGUGCAAGAAUGACAACGAGACCUACUGUAAGCACCAGAUCGACGCUUAUGGCGCUGAUUACCUCGAUACUGGUUUCAAGACCCAGGGCGGUUAUUCUUCUCACAGCAGAGUGCAUGAGUACUGGGUCUACCCCAUCCCCGAAGCCCUGUCCAGCACCCAAGCUGCUCCCAUGCUCUGCGCCGGUAUCACCGUAUACAGCCCACUGAAGCGUCUCGGCGCCGGACCCGGCAAGAAGGUCGGUAUUGUUGGUAUCGGUGGUCUUGGCCACUACGGUGUUCUCUUCGCCAAGGCCCUCGGCGCUGAAGUCUGGGCCAUCUCUCGUUCACGAGCCAAGGAGGCCGACGCCCGCAAGAUGGGCGCCGAUGGCUUCUUGGCCACCGGUGAGAAGGACUGGACCGAGGGCCACAAGAUGUCCUUCGACAUCAUCAUCAACACCGCCACUUCUUUCGAGGGCUUCGCUCUCAGCGAGUACCUGAGCCUUCUCGAUGUGCACGGCCACUGGAACUCCGUUGGUCUUCCUGGUGGUGAUGGUAUCUCCAUCCGCAACCAGGACUUCAUCACCAACGGUUGCUACAUCGGAACAUCGCACUUGGGUAGCCGACGUGAGAUGCUCGAGAUGUUGCAGCUCGCUGCUGACAAGGGCAUCAAGUCGUGGAUUGAGGAGAUUCCUAUCUCCAAGGAGGGUCUUCAGCAGGCUAUGGAGGCUCUGAGGACGAGCUCUGUUCGCUACCGAUCUUGCAUGACCAACUAUGAGGAGGCAUUCGGUGCUUAAGCGAGUGGUAUUGUCAAAAAUAAAAAGAAGGAGUUUGUUGGGAGUAGCAUUGGGAGUUAUGAAUGAGUUAAUGGUGGAGCUGAAUGCUCUUGUUGGCGCGCAUCAAAGACACCUUGAUGGGUCGAAAUGACGAAUAAGUCUGGUAUGAUCAGUGUGAUCAUGCCUGAAUGAAAUGAUGAAUUGAAUAUGAUGAAAUCUAUCCAUUGUCUGUCUCCGUGAUCGGACACGAUUGUAACUUUAGCUCAUGAGCUGAAUAGCGAGUAUUUAC